AGUAUAUAGUGCCUCUCGCCCCACUCUUCGUUUUCCCAUCCCAAUGCUGCACACCUUGAUUUCGUACAUUACGCACCUUUUCACCUCACGGAUAUGAGAUAGGUCAUAUCACACAACAGUAAAAAUGAGUUCUCAAGAAACAACUGACAAUGUACCAGAAGUUAAUUCACCUAACAUAUCAUCAAGACCAAAAAAUUGGGUCCAAUUUGAGGAUGAAACACCUGUUAAAGAUAACAGUGGCACGGAAGAGAAAACUAAAACAAAUGCACCAGCUGUAAUAAAACCAGAGUCGGUUACAGUAAAUGUUGAAAAGAUUGGAAAAACUGUUGACAAGUUAGAUAAUCAACGAAUCAAAAACAAUGAAUAUAGGGGUGCUGUGAUAUCAACUGAAUCCGUCCAGAUUAAUUUAGAUAGGUCAGGUUUAAAUCGUUCCAUUACAUCUGAAAGUCCAGAUCUUAAUUUGCCAUCCGAAGUAAGAGUUUCUGAUCCUAAAAGUGCAUCUCUAAAAACUAUUGAUCUCAGAGAUGUAUCUAAUGGUAGAAGUGCUGCAAGUAAUGUUAUAAGUACACCUAUUGGAAAUAUUAGACAAGGUUUUGCCAAUGGAGAUACUAUAGUUACUCUUUUGCCAGUUAAUACCAGAUGGCCAUGGAUUACACCAGCUAAAUUUAGACCAGAAUUAGUACCUGAGGAAUUAAUGGCUCAGGGCUUAACGCUUACUGUAGAAGACUACGUACACAUAAUGGAAUUGCUUGUAAAUGAUGUACGUUUUAAUAUGUACAAUGUAUGCUAUAAAAGAAUACUUGUCCUUUGGAUAUUUACUGCAUUUAUUGUACUGCUUGGCUUAUUGUUUUCUGGAGUGACUGGUCUUACUUUGUUUGGCCUUGGUGUCAUGUGGUUAGUCCUCAAUGCUGCAGCGAUAUUCUUUUGCAUGUUCGUCAAGAUAAAAUUAAACCAUAAUCUUGAGAAAUGUAUGGCUCAAGUCAACAAGCACUUACUUCGACAUAAAAUAUUGCUUGGAUUGGAUGAUAGAGGGAAGAUUUCGUGUCAUAAAGUCAAUCUCUGUUUCAUAUACUUUGAUACUACAGAUUGCAUCAAAAAGCUACAAGAAGUAAUAGAACGAGAAGAACGCGAAGGAAGAGUAAUUGGCGAAGAUGGAAAUUCUGAGAUGCGUCGAAAAAGGGAAUUACAACAGCGAAUGGAUAUCGAUGAUAGCGACAUUGUGAUACAAGGCAAUACGACCACCAGAAUUUCUCGUAAACAGGAACGGGCGGAGUUGCUGCUGCUGAGGUAUGCAUCUCGAUGGGCACAUCACUUUGUGCGCCGCAGACUUGAUCUGGUUAUAGACUCGCAAGAACGUAAUAGAGACAUCGCGGGUCUAUCGGUUCCACCACGACAUUGUGUCUCCGCCCGUUGUCCUUGUCAAUUUAUUGAGGACCAUCUCAAAUACAAGCCUAGAGCUGGACAAAAGGCGAUAAACUUUGAUAUUUUAUCUCGACCACAUUUUGUCAGUACAUGAAAAUCAUUCAGUAAAUAGUAUCGUGAUAUCCACCUGGCUUUACAUGGUGUGCUUAUCUUAAUGAUCCACUAGUUAGGUAUGAUGUUACAUCAGGCAUUCCUAAUUAACAAUUUUAAUGAUGCACAACAGUAUUUUUUAAAGCAUUUUCAAAGAAAUAAACAUAUUAAUAACAUUAUCAUAUUUACUAAAAUGAUUUUUAAUACUUUUGAACUUUAAAUACAACAAAAUUUAUAUCUUAUAAAAAAAUACUUUUGAAAUCCAUAUGGAACGAAAAUAUGUGAUUAAUGAACCAGUACAUUUGAGCAACUAAAAAUUCACACGAUAUAUAUGUAGUUUUCUAUAUCGUGAAACUUUAUAUCACUAUAUAAAUAUGUUUAAACUAAAGUAUAUAUUUUAAUAUCUACAAAGUAUGUAUACCAUAAAAUACAUUAUAUUUCUUGUUGCAA